GUCACUACUUUAUUGCGUUUGACGUCUGUGAUUUCUGAUUUAUUGAUUAUGUUGAUUGCGUCCAUGUUCCAUGUUCUCUUCGUUUAAUUCUUACACUUACAGUAGAUGUUUUAAUGUAAACAGAAUACAGCAUUAACUAUUGAUAUCAGUGCGUAAGUUCAAUUCCAUGUAAUAACGCGGACUCAAAAAUGAAUAAAGAUAAAAAAGAACCCGAAUAUCCAGGUGAGUUGGAGUCCCAAUUUAUACUCCGCUUACCAGAAGAGCCAGCCAAAGCUCUCAGAGAGUUGUUGAGAUCUGGCGACAGUCUCAAGAACCGUCUGACGAUCCAAAUAGAAAAUGAUAUGCGAAACGGCGAGGUUCGGUUCGACCAUUGGGCGAUGCACGGAAAGAUUAUCGAUUUGCCCACCAUUAUUGAAUCUCUAAAAACUAUAGACAACAAAAGUUUCUACAAAACGGCCGAUAUCUGCCAGAUGAUGAUUUGUAAAGAGGAACCGGACCAAACCGCCUCAGAGGAAGACACACCAUCAAAAAACAAGAAAAAGGAUCCAUAUAAGGUUGAAAAGAAGUAUCUUUGGCCACAUGGUAUAACUCCUCCUACUAAAAAUGUCAGGAAACGCAGGUUCAGAAAAACUUUAAAGAAAAAGUAUGUUGAAGCCCCUGAAAUUGAGAAGGAGGUCAAGAGAUUGUUGCGUGCAGACAAUGAAGCUUGUCAGCUGUCUUGGGAAGUAGUCUUCGAGGAUGAUGAGUCUCUUGUGAAGUCUGACCUGGUCCCACAAUCUCCAGUGAAACCUGAGAAAAAGCCAAAAGCUCAACGCAAAUCUAAAAAGAAAGAACCAAAGGCGGUAACUUCAAAAAGAGACUCGGUCCGCGACACAGCACGAAACACGUCUCACGGCUCAUCUAAUGUUGUCGAUAUAUUUGGUGGUGCUGUAAGUGACAGUGAUGCUGAAGAAGAGCGUAUCAAUGUGCAGAUGGAGAAAUGCCACAUGUCACCAUACAGGGGCCGCUCCAGCUCUGGUGUUGUCGACUCACACAAAACAGAUUAUUCAGGUGAGUUUGAUUCACCACCAAAGCCUACUGCAGCUGGAAAGAACAAGAAGAAAUCUUCAAAACGCCGCUCUUCAACAGUGACUUCAACUGUGACUUCUUUGAAUGAGUCGCCAGCAAAGGCUAGCACAUCUUCUACUGUUACAUCAACUGUAACAUCAGCUCAAAGUGGCAUGUCAUCAGCGGAUGAGAAGCAGUCAGAUGAAUUACAAGAAGACUUGACUCGUGAUGUGUCCCAUGACUUGUCUCAGGACAACAUGACCUUUAGAAUUGAGCAGCUGAGAGUUGAGUUGGAGGAACUCAAGCAGCGCCGACAACGAACUCGCCAUGAAAUCUCUGGAAUGGAGAACUUGGCACUGCGUCAGAGAUUCCAAGAUAUUUUGCACACACUGAAUCAAGAUGUGAUGUACAAGGAAAUGGAAUACCAGGGCUUAAUAACAUUGCAGAAUUCUGAGGAUAUUUGAGGAACAUAUUUCAUGUAAAUAGAGGAUUUUAUUCGUUAUUAAAUCCUCUAUUUAUAUGGCUUGGAAGACUAACAGACUCUUAAUGUGAACAGUUUCUUGUAUUAUUUAAAAAAAAGUUUAGACAGUUGUGUUUCUAGAGUUGUCUUUAUUCAGUUGUUGUUUUCGUUUUAGAUUGUUUUAUGUGUUAAACAUUUAAUUGUAAGAGAACAUUGGUAUACUUAUUCUAGUGUUUAAUCUACAUAUAGCAGCUGCCUUAAGUCUGUUGCCAUUUUCCAAAGACUUUUCAAUCCCAAAUUAGAAAUCUAUAAUCUAGAUUCUCGAAAAUUCAGAAUAAAUUGCAGAUAAUGAUAAUGAAGGUUUCAUUAAUAAAAAAAUCUUUCAUUUGCAUAGUAUGUAUAAUUUUGGAAGGUAUGAUUUAUUAAUUACUCAUAAUAUAAAAUGUCCCCUGGUGCUGCUAUAGGGUAGAUAUUCAUAGUAUUAAGAGUAUGGCUUUGAUGUUUAGUUAAAAUUGUAUGGUGGUGGUAUUUAGGUGGAAAACAUAAAUUUAGUUUAAAGUUUUGAAGUUUUUCUAGCACAGAUGCUAAAAAAUGAAAUAUUGUAUGUAUAUGGGAAUGUAGGGACAUUUUUGAUUGAAUAUUUUCAGAUAUUUACAUUGUAAAUAUGAAUUAAACAUUUUUGAAGUUUCCUUUUUACUUUGAGAUGUUCAAUGUUUUCUUUUAUAUAUUUUAUAUUUGUUUUAGUACUAAAUAUAAUUCACUGGGAAAUGUUUGAAAAUCCACUUAUUUCAGUAUGGAGGAUGUAUUAAACAUGCAGUUUGGUAAUAAAAUUGUGGCUCCAAAAAUUUACCACAGCAAAAAAAAAAUUGAAUAAUUUUUAGAUAAAACUACCUAAUUUAUACUUAAAUGUAAAACCUCUGUUAAAUUUUGUUGUAUCUUUGAGUCAUGAAUUCAUGAUAAAUGUAUUUUUUUUAAACAUAAUUAUAUCCUUAUGUACCUAAUAUUAAAAAUAUUAUGCUCUAAGUAAGUAUAACAAAAAAAAAGGAAAAUAGUAUAUCUUGUACUUUAAGUGCUAUAAGAUAUGGAAUACUAUAAUUGUCGUUUUUAAGAAGUGGAUGUAACUAUAGACAUACACAUAUUAUAUUGCUGUUAUUGUUUAUUAUGUCUUUUUAGAUUUUUUAAGUAUGAGUAUGGUGAUUGGUCUUACGCAUAACGGCCAAUUACAUGGCCAAGUGUGGAAACGGCCGGAGGAAGAAAAACAUUCGAUUUGAUUUCAUUGUGGGUUCAACUGGAAAAUAUUUGUGUGAUGAGCAUGAGUGUUUUCCAGUGUCUGUGUGUAUUUAUACAUUAUAUAAGUAUUUAUAUGUAGUAUAUAAUUGUAUAUUAAUAUUAUAAUAUCAACUAUCCCACCCAUAACACAAGCUACUCUGUAUGCUUACUUUGGGGCUAGAUAGUGAUGUGUAUUGUUUAAGUAUAUUUAUUAUUAUUAUUAUUAUUUAUAGUUAUAGUUCCAAUUACACUUGGUCUGUCUGUAUUUUAUUAUUUGAGCAAAUUGUUUUAAAAUCUGAGUUUGUAUACUGGUAUAUUUAUAAAGUAAUUAAAAUUUUCUAAAUAUUUAUAUUUUUAUUUAGGGCAAAAAUUCUUACAUAUCUGGAUCUAAAGGGUGUAAAAACUUUGAUAUGGAUAUUAUACUAAUUAAAUUUAAGUAUAUUGAAACUAUUUUUAUAUUAUAAAAAAUUUCAACAUUUUUUCUCUUUCUAAAUACAUGUAUAUUUGUUUUCAAGUAAAGUUUUUUGUAUGUGUAUCUGGGUCUUGGGUCAUGUGAGUGUAUGUUAAGAUGUAUUACAUAUUAGUAUUACCUAUUGAUGUCUAAUUAUAUAAUAUGUAGUUAGUAACUUCAUAGAUAUUAGAAUUAAAUAAAGCAUGCUUUUUUUCCUGCCAAACAAAUAAUAUGUUGAUUUCAAAAUAUGUCAUCUCUAUGUACUGGGGAGUAAUCAAAUAAAAUGAUGUCACAACAGACCUCAUUUAAUAGCUAUUUUAUUUUUAAAAUCAAUAAACAUAUAAGCAAAUGGAAGGAAAAAAAAAUACAAGUUAAAUAGCAUAAUAACAUGUUAACAUAAUUAAUAUUGACAGUAGAUUUGUGGAAAUAUUGUGUAUUUAUAUGUGUACUUGACCACACAGGUCUAUAAUGUAAGGGAUUUAUUAGUCUUUUGAUGUUCUAUGCUAUUGUGUGUACUGUGUAAGCUUAAUGUUCACAUAAUAUGCAUUAUAGAUGAAAUAUCGAGUAAUUAGAAUUAUGGAAGAGCAGCCACAUUGAUCCGAUUGAUUAUUUAGUUCAAUUUCGUCUAAGAACAUUAAUAUAAAUGUAAUAUGUACUAGUAAUUAUAUACAUACUACUAUAGUUUAUAGUAUAAUAUAUAUAGUAUAAUAUAUAUGCUAUAAACUAUGUCCUAUGGAUGAGUAGGUAUUCAAUGUUAGUUUAACUAUAAAUUGAUAAAGGUAGAACAGUUAUUGGUGAAUUUUUCAAACAUUCCAAUCUAAAUGUGUGUAGUUGGCUAUGUUUUUAAACAUAUAUGUUCAAGAUAUAAGAUAAAUAUAUAUGUGUGUUAUAGAAAUAAAUAGAGCGUUGCUUGUAACAUGCUUAAGUGUUAUGUAGUAGUAUAGGUAUUUGAAACUAUUUGUCUAUUCUAUUUCGUUGGAAUUCCAUUUUUGUUAUAUUAUACUUUAGUUUCAUAGUAACUGAGAGAUGCCCUGAUAUUUUGUAUUUCAUAACAGGCUCAGCUCUAAUUUGGCACUAGAUUACACAAUACACAGUACCUACUAGCAACGAUUUCCAGUCAAACGAUUAAGUAUUCCAGGAGGUAAGGUCAGGGAAUCAGAUGGAGAGAUCUUCUAAUUCAUUUAGAGCUUCAUAUAGCAACUGCUCAGAGGGCUACCAUCGUACACUUUGUCAUCACUUACCUUCAAGUGAAUUGGUAGAACAUUUGGCGAUACUAUUACUAUAAAUAAAUAUUUUAAAGUGAUGCUGUGAUUCUGUAAUUGAACACAAACUUAUUCAUUGGUAGGAUUGUGUUGUCAAAGUACAUUUUAGUAUUGGCCUUUUAUUGUGUUUAACUUACAGAUACGAGAUAUCCAAUUUUAGUUUUGUUUAGCUGCGAGUACAGUAUGAGUCUGCUACGAAAACAAUAUUUCAAUUCCAUUAUUAGAUAUGUAUAAAGUGGUCUACUUAUUUCAACUUUUUUCUAUGUUAUCUUAUUAACUUUUAUGUGUUGGUCACACAAAUCGUAAUUUGCUAGCCGAACAUUGUCUUUUGGAAACGCUAAUUGUAUCUUACUAUUGUAAACUCGAUAAAUAGAUGUUUCAUCAUAAUAAAGGACCUAUCGUAA